GAUUUGAUUUUCUCUCAGUCAAACUUCAUCUCUCUCUCAAUUUCAUUCCCUCACUUUCUAUUAAUUCAAAUACAAGCUAAAGCCUUUCCUUAAUCCCCCAUAACCAUGCCACCUCUCCUCCUUCCUCAAGUCUUAGCCAUUACCAUUCAAUCAAAAGCUUCACAACUGUUUCAGGAAAACACCAUUCUCAAUCUGUCCAUUUUUGCUCGCUUCUUUUGUGGGUUGCUCAGUUUUGUCUCGAUUAGGCAUUCUUGGUAACUUGAGAUUAGCCAACUUUGAAUCUAUUACACUGCUUCCAAGUUCUUACCGGCCGGUAGAAACUUUAAAGUUCCAAUUUUGAUAAAACCCAGUUCCAAUUUUGCUAAAUUCCCAUGCAUUCAAGUCUUUUUCGUUAUUGCCUUUGGAGCUGAUCACAAAGUUAUACUUAACACGCAUAUCGUAUUAGCAUCCAUGCCUUUGUAUAUUAGCUAGAUUUAGGUCUUGGUUUACUUGUUCUAGUUAGCUGAGGUCAAAGUUGCACAAUCCAUGCUCUAGCUUGUUAGCUAGUUAUUAACAUAGAAAUGGCCAAGUACUACAACAUGGGAGUAAAUUGGGAGCAAAAGAGUCGUCUUGUAAAUGAGCUAACACAAGGCAGGGAGCUAGCUAGGCAGCUUCAGAUCCAUCUCAAUGCUACAUCAUCUUUGAAUCCUUCCACGAGCUCUCAAACAGCGCUAGCUCGCGAGGUUCUGAUCCAAAAGAUCAUAUCUUCCUACGAAAAGGCGCUUUCGUUGCUCAGUUUCGGCAGCUCGGCCCCAAUUUCUGUAGCAGUAGAUCAACAACACCAACAACAACCUACAUCUACAGUAGCUGCUCCCACAGGUGUUGUUACAAUUCGAAUGGCUAACUCCCCACCUUCGUUAAAUGGGAGUCCUCGGAGUGAAGACUCGGAUGACCACAAAGAUCCCUCUAGAAAAAGGAAAAGUUUAGCAAGAUGGACCAAACAAGUAAGAGUAACAUCAGGUAUGGGGCUUGAAGGGCCUCUUGAUGAUGGCUUUAGCUGGAGGAAGUAUGGCCAAAAGGACAUUCUCGGAGCCAAAUAUCCGAGAGGAUAUUACAGAUGCACUCAUCGAAAUGUUCAAGGUUGUUUGGCCACAAAGCAAGUGCAACGCUCCGAUGAGGACCCUAUGAUUCUUGAGAUUACUUACCGAGGAAGGCACACUUGUACUCAAGCAGCCUCCACCACUGUCACUAGUCCUCCACCAAAACCGAUAUCACCAUCGCCUGAGCAAACACCAGAACCACCACAGAUCAAUCAGCAGCCUCAUCAUAGUAUGCUCUUAAGCCUGCCGGAAGGCCUCAGGGUCAUAACCGAAGGCCUGGACACUAGCCAUGAUCAUCGUGACGAAUUAGCAUUCUCCUCAUUUAACAACAACAAUUACGUGGGGAGUUUUUCUCCUCCGUUAACUAUGCGUAUUGCGUCAACUUCUAGGACAAACUAUUUCUCUGUACUGUCUCAGCAGGACGUUGGUCGUAACCAAGAUCUGCAGAGCAGCGCUGCGGCCGAGUCUCAUGAUAUAAUCUCAGCUGCUACCUCAGCUGCCAACUCUCCAACUGUUGGUUUGGAUUUUCCAUUUGAUCAAGCUAAUCAUCAGAUAUUAUACCCCAACUUCAGUUUUGAUGAUCCUGGAUUUUUUCCCUAGUCUCUUACACAUAGCUUCCCAAAGUAACAUAGAAACCGAAGUGCAUUAGCCUGAACAAGCUUUUGAGGUCGCAUUUUGGAAGAACUGUUUUGGCUGCAAAAUGCAAAAAUGUAAUGAGGCAUCAAAUUUAGCCAUUUAGGACUACCAAAUUAAUGUGCUUAAUUAAGGAAACACUUUCUAAUUACCCUGCCGUAGACUUUAAUUAGCUUGCAGUUGCGGACAUGUUGUGCCACAGAGUGGCCGGUGUACUAAAAUGUGUGUAAUCUUUUUCUAAUUGAAUAGCAUUUUUCUUUAUUUAUUCA